CCACCGACAGCUGACUGGACAGGACCCGAACAGGGAAAGCUAUAAAAGUGGGGAGAGGAGGCACAAGCGUGAGGAAACCCCUGGGGUUUACUACACGGCAGGAGAGGUAUGCUUGGUCGCGUGACCAAGUAUAGGGUCAAGAACGAUGCUCCAUCCGAGGUAUUCGAGGCAGCGAGUGAGCAGGAACGAAAGGACCGACUCCUCCUCAGCUACGCCGAGCGCGUCGAGAAGACCCUGGACGUCAAGGCGGUGCAAUCAGGCGGUGGACACACGAACGAGCUGGUGUUCGACCUCGUUGGCGUCGACGCUUCCAUCGCGAACGCUCUCCGAAGGAUCUUGUUAGCAGAGGUGGCUACGGUGGCCAUCGAACACGUGUACAUGUUCAUGAACUCGUCGAUCAUCCACGACGAGAUUCUCGCGCACCGGUUAGGGCUGAUUCCGAUCAUGGCAAACCCGCGCAUGUUCGAGUUUGUGGGAGAGGAGGGGGGCGAGCAAGACGAGCCGACGGAGUUCAACACGUGCGUGUUCAAGCUGGAGGUGAAGAACCCGGCAGACCCGGCGGACAUGCCCGACCCUAUGCCGACGGGUACGAGCUAUGCGGCGGGGCCGCGACGGACCAUGAACGUCUUCAGCGGUGCCAUGGAGUGGUGCCCGCACGGGGAUCAGGUGGAGCGCUUCGAGGGGGAAGGGGGGCUGCGGCCGGUGCACGAUGACAUCCUCAUCGCUAAGCUCCGACCAGGACAGGAAAUCGUCGCUGAGAUGCACUGCAGGAAGGGCAUCGGCAAGGACCACGCCAAGUUUUCUCCUGUUGCCACGGCGAGCUACCGAUUGCUCCCGGUGGUCACUCUGAAGGAGGAGGUAGAGGGGCAAGAGGCGGAGGAGCUGGUGGCGAAAUGUCCGCUGAACGUCUUCGACAUCGAAGACCUGGGCGGUGCUGGGAAGCGGGCGAAGGUGGCCCGCCCAAGAGAUUGCACCAUGUGCCGGGAGUGCAUCCGGGAGCCUGGGUGGAGCGAUAAGGUGUCCCUCUCACGCGUCGCAGACCACUUCAUCUUCGGGAUUGAGUCCGUCGGGAUGCUCCCGCCAAAGGAGCUUCUCAAGGAUAGCAUUCAGGUCUUGCGCCAGAAGUGCGAUUCCAUGAUUGCCGAGGUGGAGGCGUUCGAGUCAGGGGUUGAUUUCGACGAGGCGAUGCCAUGA